AUGGCUAACCAUGAAGAGGCAAAGUCUCACCCUAAGCUCAAUGAACGAAUACUUUCUUCGAUGUCGAGGAGAACUGUUGCUGCUCACCCUUGGCAUGAUGUAGAGAUAGGACCGGGCGCUCCAGCAGUUUUCAAUUGUGUGAUUGAAAUUGGCAAAGGCGGUAAGGUUAAGUAUGAGCUGGACAAGAAAAGUGGACUUAUAAAGGUUGAUCGUGUUCUUUACUCAUCAGUUGUCUACCCACACAACUACGGUUUCAUCCCACGAACCCUUUGUGAAGACAGUGAUCCUAUGGAUGUUCUGGUUCUGAUGCAGGAACCUGUGCUACCUGGUACCUUCCUCCGUGCUCGUGCUAUUGGACUAAUGCCCAUGAUUGACCAGGGUGAGAAGGAUGACAAGAUCAUAGCAGUUUGUGCUGAUGACCCCGAGUUCCGCCAUUACACAGACAUUAAAGAGCUUCCUCCACAUCGGCUGGCUGAAAUAAGAAGAUUCUUUGAGGACUACAAGAAGAAUGAGAACAAAAAAGUUGAUGUUGAUGAUUUUCUACCAGCUGAGUCUGCCAUUGACUCCAUCAAGUACUCCAUGGACCUCUAUGCUUCUUACAUAGUUGAGAGCUUAAGGAAGUGA